AUGCAGCAAACGGUUGACGACGCCCUGAGCAAAGCUGUUGCCGAAGCGUUCACGGCUGAGAAAAUCCAGGUGCUUGAACGCCCUGAAGUAGAAGUAAAGAAGUUCGUACCCCGUCAAGAAAUGGAAUUUUCGGCAACGGCGACAAUAUUGCCGCAAGUAACACUUGGUGACUAUAAAAAACUGAAGGUCACUGAAGAAAAAGUGACGGUGACAGCUGAUGAAGUCAACGAAGUCAUCGAGCGUAUGCGUAGCGGACUUGCGGAAAAGAAGGAUGUUGAUCGCGCCGCCAAAAAGGGCGACGAAGUAAUUAUUGACUUCGUUGGUAAAAAAGACGGUACUCCAUUUGAUGGCGGUGCCGCAAAAGACUAUGCGCUGGAAAUUGGCAGCAAUAGUUUCAUUCCUGGGUUUGAAGAAGGCUUGGUCGGAUUAAAAGCUGGAGAUAAGAAAGAUCUUGAACUUGAGUUCCCGAAAGACUACCACGUCGAUGAUCUUGCUGGCGCGAAGGUAGUAUUUGAAACUACUAUAAACAAAGUUCAGGAAAAACAACUGCCCAAGCUGGACGAUGAAUUUGCCAAAAAAGCCGGCGCGGACGAGAAAAUUAUUACCCUCAAGGGCUUGAAAGAUGACAUCAAGGCGCGUCUUAGCGAGCAAAAAGAACGCGAGGCGAAUGAAAAGCGUAAAGACGCAUUGGUUCAGGCGCUCGUUGAAAAAAGCGACGUGCCAGUGCCGCAAGUACUGGUAGACGACCAAGCCCGCAGUAUCGAGCAGGAUAUGCAGCAAAACACGAUGUAUCGUGGCAUUACGCUCGAGCAAUACAUCAAGGCGCAAGGCUUCAAAGACGAGGACGACUGGAAAAAGAAAGAAGUUAUUCCAGCUGCCGAGAAGCGCGUAAAAGCAGGAUUGGUGCUUGCAGAGCUUUCAAAAGAGUUGAAAGUCGAGGCAACGAGCGCGGAGCUUGCCGAGCAUCUGAACACGUAUCGCCAGCAAUAUGGCAACAACCCAGAUGCUGUGAAACAGUUUGAACAGCCAGAAGUACAACGUGAAGUUGCGAACCGUCUGCUGACUGAAAAAACAGUAGAUAAACUGGUUGAACUGAAUA